AUGGUUGAAAUGCUGGCUGAGCAAAAAAUUCAGUUGCAAGGUUUACAUAAUGUACGGAAAAAUAUUAACAACCUAAUAACGGUAUAUCCAAUUAAAACUGAAGAAGAUCUUCAGAAAAUGGAAACUCAAAUAAACGAAGCUAAUGAAGACAAAUAUAUAUCAGCUAUUAAAUAUUUAGUAGAUGGAAAUGUUGUAAAAAAUCUAGAACGUGUAUUAUCCCGAGAAUUGUGCGUAUUAUAUAAUACAGACGGGAUAUGUGGAAAAAAGUGUUUAAGACAUUAUAAAAACGUAUACAAAACUAUUAUAUCUGCAAUAAAUAGUUAUUCAACCAACGCUGAGAAAGAAAUAAGGACCGCACUUCAAGUGGUAAAAAAACGUCACUUUCGUUCCGUUUGUGCAAAAAAAAAGGUAUCUGUUAAAACCGAUGUGGUUCUAGAAACUAAUGAACUUUAA